AUGAAAACGACGGCGGUCUUCUGUGCACUGUCUGUACUCUACGGCGCAUUGGCUUUCUAUUUGCCUGGUCUGGCGCCCGUGAAUUAUUGCAAGGCCGGUGAAACCUUAGAAACCUGCAAGUCUGACAUCCAGUUAUAUGUAAAUCGAUUGAAUACGGAGAAGUAUGUUAUACCUUAUGAGUACAGUCACUUUGACUUCUGCACUGUGGAAGAUGGACAGUCGCCAGUUGAGAAUUUGGGACAAGUUGUAUUUGGAGAACGUAUAAGGCCAUCUCCAUACAAGUUGGAAUUCUUAAAAGAUGUCAAGUGUGAUAAAGUGUGUAUUAAAACAUAUACAGGAGGUUAUCCAGCAUCAGAAAAGAAGCUGCAAUUAUUGAGGAAAGGAAUGGCAAUGAAUUAUCAACAUCAUUGGAUUGUUGAUAACAUGCCAGUGACAUGGUGUUAUCAGCUAGAGGAUGAACGACAGUAUUGCAGUACUGGCUUCCCCAUGGGUUGCUAUUCCAAGGAACCUAGAUCACAGCAAGAUACUUGCACUAUACAUGGUCCAUACAACAAGCCAAACACUUAUUACCUGUUCAAUCAUGUGAAUCUUACAAUAACUUAUCACAGUGGUGCUACAGAGGAAUGGGGAUCGGGUUUUAAGGAAAAUGGCGGUCGUAUUAUAUCUGCGAAAGUCGUGCCUCACAGUAUUAAACAUACCGGCACGAUCGAUUGUGAGAGUCAAAUACCAUUGGAAAUACCAGCCACUGCGCAAGCAGCGGGACAAACCUUCCAAAUAACGUUCACAUAUUCCGUGAAAUUUGUGAGGAAUAAUACAAUCAAAUGGUCGUCCAGAUGGGAUUACAUUUUGGAAUCGAUGCCGCAUACGAAUAUUCAAUGGUUCAGCAUUCUCAAUUCAUUGAUAAUUGUUCUGUUCCUUUCCGGCAUGGUGGCUAUGAUAAUGCUUCGCACUUUACACAAAGACAUCGCGCGAUAUAAUCAGGCCUACUUCCAGAUAGAAUCAGGAGAAGAUGCGCAAGAGGAAUUCGGAUGGAAAUUGGUGCACGGCGAUGUGUUCCGUCCUCCGCGCAAAGGAAUGCUACUCUCCGUUCUCCUUGGUUCUGGUGUUCAAGUAUUCUUCAUGACGUUAGUCACGCUAGCAUUCGCUUGCCUGGGUUUCCUUUCUCCGGCUAAUAGAGGCGCCCUGAUGACCUGCGCGAUGGUAUUGUAUGUCUGUCUGGGAACUACUGCGGGAUAUGUAGCUGCCCGGAUAUACAAAAGCUUCGGAGGAGAAAAAUGGAAGUCUAACGUGUUACUGACGUCUAUGCUAAGCCCUGGAAUCGUGUUCAGCUUAUUUUUCAUGAUGAAUCUGAUAUUCUGGGUAAACGGAAGCUCGGCUGCGGUACCUUUCAGCACUCUGAUCGCACUGCUGGCGUUGUGGUUCGGUGUGUCGGUGCCAUUAACGUUCAUCGGCGCUUAUCUUGGUUUCAAGAAAAGGGCUUUGGAGCAUCCAGUAAGGACAAAUCAGAUUCCCCGACAGAUACCGGAGCAGAAUUUUUAUACGCAACUGGUACCCGGAAUUGUUAUGGGUGGUGUCUUACCAUUCGGUUGCAUAUUCAUACAGCUGUUCUUCAUACUUAAUUCUCUCUGGUCGAGCCAAGUGUACUACAUGUUCGGUUUUCUCUUUUUGGUUUUCCUUAUACUUGUUAUCACGUGUUCUGAGACGACGAUCUUGCUUUGCUAUUUUCAUCUUUGCGCGGAGGAUUACCAUUGGUGGUGGCGCAGUUUUCUUACGUCUGGCUUUACCGCUGUCUAUUUGUUAAUUUAUUGUAUACACUUCUUCUUUACUAAAUUAGACAUCGAAGGCGCCACCUCCACGUUCCUGUACUUUGGAUAUACAUUUAUUAUGGUUCACUUAUUCUUCCUCUUAACAGGUACAAUCGGUUUCUUCGCCUGCUUUUGGUUUGUGCGAAAAAUUUAUAGUGUUGUGAAGGUUGACUAAAUAAAACUGAUGGCGAGAACAAUGUCUGUAUGAUGAGUGUGCAGUGAGUGAAAUUGUUUUGUAAUGGGAAUGAGCGAUAGUCGGCAUUACGCGAAUCCGCGUUAUAAAAAAAAGAAAGCAAAAUAUAAAAGAACUGUAACACAACGAUAACGGGCGAACGACAGUGCCACUCACCGACCCGUUAUCAUUAGAAUAUAUUAUCGUGAGUAUCGUCAUAAUGAUAGAUAAUAAUUUAUUUUGUUAACGCGCACGAAGGAUUGCAUUUCGGAGGACGAUACCACUCAACAUCGUGAUCGACUAUCUGUCAUUCUAUGGAAGUAUUUUCCCGUAUAAUCGUCAACAUAUGUCGUGCAUGUUGAUGAUAUAUGUUUUAGAUAUUCGUGAAAAGUAUCUGAAUAAGCACUUUAUUUCUUUCCUCGUUCAGGAAAUUCUUGACUUAUCGAGAAAUGGCACACUUCUUGAAUUUGAUAACGAUUGAAUCGACGUUUAACGCCAAAUAGAUACUGAUCCAACAAAAAAGCUAUAAAAGACGAAAGAAUCGCAGCUACAAAACGAAAAGAACUAGUAAAUACUAAAAAAAAACCGUUCAAAGCAAAAAAUUUUACGUACGUUGCUUCAAUAAUUCAUUUUGUUGAAAAAUGAAUAACAAAAAAAAUUGAAAAGACAAAUGUCUUUGCGUAAAUUUCGAUGAAAUAUCAGAUUGUAACGUGUACAUAUUGAUUUUCGCGUGAUAUUCAUUUCUCAAAUUACAAAUCUACGAAUUAAGUAUAUACAAACCAAUAAAAAAUGUACAAAUCGAAAAUUAACUUAACCAUUAAAUCUGAAGUACUUUUUGUUGUUAUCGUUUUCUCUUUUUCACUCUCUACCGAUAGUAUUUGUAACCGUGAUGUAUCUAAUAGCCAAUAUGCACACAUUCUGUAUUCCACGGAUUUUGUAAACUAAAAGUAACUACGAUGUUAGUGUUGAUAAUGUUAUUAUUGAUAUAAAUAAAAAUAUCGAAUAAGUUUA